GGCCUGUGCCGCCUGCGGCCGCGCUUCUCUGCCUCCUCCCUGUGCUGCUGUCCCGGAGCGAGGCCAGCUCCGGGGAACUCCCGGAAACAGCCCCAGGACUAUCACUAGCCAGUAUGACAAAUACCUGUACAACAGUGGUCACCUACCUGUAGAUCACUAUCAACUGGUUGAUCGCGGAGCCUCUGCCAGUCGAUUGAAAUCUCCGAUCACUAAAAGUUCGGCGGUGCAGCCUGCCCUGGCCCUGCGCUGCUCCCGGUAGGAGCCUAGUACUAGGGCAGCCUAGUACUGCUAUCAGUGCCUCUGCCAACAAAUGUUGUAAUAGAAUCCUUGAACUUCAAGACUGUAUUGCGCUGGGAUUACAUGCGCAUGCCUACAACCCCUCACUUUAUUGUGGAAAUCCAACCUUAUGAGCUAGGGAAAUAUAAGCCAGUCAGCACCUGCAUGAAGAUAAGUAAACAUUAUUGUGACCUCUCUAAUGAAAUAGAAGACCUGAGUCAGUCUCACUGGGCUAGAGUUAAAGCUUUCAUUGGGUUAGAAGAGUCCGAGUACGUUGAGACCAAAGAAUUUGUUCUGCGACGGGAUGGAAAAAUAGGACCACCGACUCUGAAUGUCUCAAUUGAGAGAGACCAAAUCAGGGUUGAGAUUCGCCCCCCACGCGCUGUUCGAAAAUAUAAGGACUUCACAUACAAGGUGUUUCUCUGGUCCAAUGGAGAGCAGCUCGAAGAGCUUGAAGCAGGGCCAUGUAAGAAGCAUCUAUGUAGCAUAUACAUUCCAUUUUUUUCUCAAGAUUCCACCUACUGUGUUUCAGCUCAAGGACGUUCAUCAAUUGUUUCAGAUCGAGGAUUUUCCCAAUCAAAUCAAAGUUGCAUUCAUGUUCCUUUAAAACAGCCACGAGACUUUAAAAAUAUUAUAAUCAGUGUUGCUGUUGUCAUUGGCGUUGGACUGAUUUUGGCCAUGUAUUAUCUUUGCAAGCAACUAAAGAAGAGAAAAAUUGAACUACCCAAGUCUUUGGUCACUGUGAUACGAAAUCUGAACUCGCGCAACGUUUUAGAAACAAAACCAGAAACAAAAUAUAUCUCUGUCAUAACCUCCUCAUCAUCCAAGCCAACGCUCUCAGUGAGUGACGAGGUAAACUUGAUAGACCAAGUAGACCAAGUUAAAGAAAUAGGGACCCCUAAUCCUGAAGACUGCAGUGAAGAAACAGACACUGUCAGCUCCCAGGAGAUAUCAAACAAAACAGAAGAGAUGUCUAUCCAAGAAAGCAUUGCUGAAAUGACCCCUGAUGAUGAAGAAAGCCCAAGAGUGAAAGAGAAUUAUUUUCAUUCUAAUAGUAGCCAAACGGAGUUAAGUAGUAUUCCUUCAGACCCAGAGCCUUCCAACUUGGAGGUGCAAGAGUCCCUUAUCCCAAAGAGCUGCAACAAGUUUUCUGGUUAUGACAAACCUCAUGUAAUAAUGGAUCUCCUCAUAGAUGUUGGUGAAGAGGAGUCUGUGAUUGCAUAUAGGCAUACUGAUGAAGUGCAUGAGUCAUGAAGAGAAUCAUUUGAAGACUACAGGGAGUUCCUUUUUGUGUGCACAACAUAGACAUUUAGAAGUUUAUGAACAUCUUAGUCCUAAUGGGAUUAUCAGUGUGACUUCUUAGAGCAGACUCUUAAAAUUGAAGGGAACUCAAAUGGAAACUGCAACUAGUGUUGUCUCUGACAGUGCAGAAAAGGGGGAAGUGACUGCAAUAUAUCAGUUCUGCUAUGAAGGUGUGUGUCUCACAUUAAGCCACUAGGUGGUUUGCCUUUGACAUUUUCCUUUAGGCUGUUAAAGAACUAUCUUUAUACGAAAGGAAGGAUUCUGCAGUAUCUUCUAAAUAAAGUCCAUUGAAGAAUCGUCUAUACACCCAUAUCAGUUUGGGAAUUCCUGACUCCAUGGCCAAGGACCAAUUAUAUUGGAGCCUGUUUCUCGAGCUAGAAGUGCUGCAUGGUGGGUCAUAAAUCUGUACAUCUGCACUAAUUGCAAGACAGUAUGCCACCCCUUCAGAAUGCCUACGUUAUACAUUUACACUUAUUGACACAGCUAUUUUGUGUGCUUAUAGCUUUAUCCAUGUUUUGUGUACAGAAGUCAUAUUGUGCAAUCACAUCUUAUGCUCUGAGAAACCUGUAUGUUAGCAUGCUACCUGACCCUAAUUGCAAAAGACUGUUGAACUCUUAGCUGCACUGUUUUAAAGAAGCAAUACUGUUAAGCAGCAGUUAUUAAAAAUGUUUAGCAUUUUUCCUCUAAAGCAUUUUUAUCCUAAUUCUUAAGAUAUAUGUGGAUUGCUAAUAAUUCCAUUGCACUUUAUGGAAAUAACUGUUUUCCUAUCAAAUUGAAAAUGCCCAUUGAAUAGGAUUUUUUCAUCUUCUUGAGACAACGGAAUAUUUUUUGGUAAUUUGGUGUAGUUAAUUAGAUCCCCUGAUGGAACUCUGAAGCAUGAAGCUAUCAAACUGAAGAUAGGUUUGGAUUUUAUAUCUCAAUUCUUCAUUACUAUUUAAAGGCCUGUAGACACAAUGUGGAGACAGGAUUUUAUUGUGUUGCUAGAAGUGUUUUAAAAUGGAUCCAAAUGAAGCUAGGAAACAAUACAGGAAAAAGACUGGAAAUAUAAGCUUCUUGGUGCCAUAUGGAUUGGAGUUUCCACGUUCAGUUUUGCUUCAGGAAAUUUGUACUCUCUAAAAGGUAGUUAGUGGCUGCUUCAUAUUCCUCUCACUCCGACCCCCAAAGGUAUCUUAGAAAUAAGAGUCCAAAGAUUGUUCAUUCUUUAUAAGAAAUCCCAUGCCAAUUGCAUUCCAAACCAUUGUUUUAAUAUCUGUACUUUAACUUUCUUCUAAACUACUUAGCACUUUCCUUUUGCAUGGGCCUGGCUUCUUAUCAAUUGGAUGGACAAGAAACAUGUUUUUAAAUGUUAAGCUUGUUACAAAACAAAAUCUUUGUCUCGAAUGAAAUGAAUAUGAGUUGCAUAGCCAUUUCUGUUCAUAGCAGUCAGGCUCUGCAACUACUAUGCUUGGAGGAAUUGUGCCCCACUGUGCAUGCACAGAAACAUGUAUCCCCACAGAUUCUCUUUGCUUCCCCACAGAAAAAUGAUUUCUGUGGGGAAGCAGAGAAGCUUCACCAGUGCUCAUUCACACCUCCCUGGCAGGCACUGGGAGCAGCCAGGUGAGAGGCAAGUCGCUGUGGGGGAGUGGGGAUCUGGGGAUGCCCUGGCUGCCCAGGGACAUUAGUCCCAGCUGAGGGGAGCGGGGGGGGAGGAGGAGCAGUAGGACGGAGACUGAGUUCUCCCUCCCCUGUCCAGAGCAGCUGGGGUUGGGUCAGAUCAACCUCUCCCUUUCCGCAGUACUCCUUCCUAGGAAGUCAUUUCCCAUUUUGGAUGUGUGCAACCGAUUGUUCCUUCCUAAGUGGAGUACUUUGCAUUCAUCCUUAUUGAAUUUCAUCCUAUUUACUUCAGACCAUUUCUCCAGUUUGUCCAGAUCGUUUUGAAUUUUAAUACUAUCCUCCAAAGCACUUGCAACCCCUCCCAGCUUGGUAUCAUCCGCAAACUUAGAGAGUACUCUCUAUGCCAUAUGUUUUAAUACUUUAAAAAAGUAGUAUUAAACUAAUGUUUCAGUUGAAAGGCUUGUUUCCUUGCCAUAGGGAUAAAGCAUCUCUUGUAAAAGCUCCAUCAUAAAUAAACAAUGUUUGAGUUAAGAACAGAAUACAUAUGUUUAAGGAUUAUUGGAUUUUCUUUAACCUUUUCAGGUGAUACUAUGUAACAAUGCUACCUUUUUUUACUAAUGGAUUUUAAAGCUUCUCACAAGAUUUCUUCCAGAAACAACCAUUUAGGUUAAAUAAACAGGUGACGAUUAAAGGCAGAUUCAGAUUUGAAAUGCACCCUUCAUAGGUCCAGCCUGCCCAGGGCCCUUUUCCCUCCCCCCCCCGCCCACCAAAAAUAAUAAGGAAAGGGCAUCAGGUCUGAGAUCCCGGUUUUGGCCCAUCGAUGUGGAAGCAAGCUUCUACAGUGCAAACCAGUGUGUGUAGUGUCUGCUAUAGUCCAGCUUAGAGAAAACAGCUGCUAUGUUCUGUCUUGGGUACUAUGGCCACAGCACCAUAGCUUCUGAGUGCCUUACAAUCUUUAAUGUACUUAUCACAAUACCUCUUUGAGGUAAGGAAGCACCAUUAUCCACAUGUUAUGGUGGGAGAAUUGAAGUACAGAAAGAGUAAGUGACUUGCCCAAGGACAAAGAAAAUCUGGCAGAGCAAGCAACUGAACUCAGGUUUCCCAAAUUCUAAGCUAGUGCCUUACCACUCCUCUCUCUUGAAAAUGUUCAAGAUGCUUAUGCAGCCCCAUUGCAGUGAAUGGAUUAGUUGUUGCAGCAUACAAAGAAUGCUGGGCUGCUUUGAAACUGCCAACCUGUUCCAGUUACCUAUUAUGGAUGAGCUUUAAACAAAGUAGUUUAAGUUGUCAGUAAAGACGAGUGUUUGAAGAUUGAAAUUACAUAAAUAAUAAACUACCAGUUUAAAGCAUUGAUGCUUUUUCCUAGGGACAUAUAUAUUACAAUAUGGAACUUGCAUUGGUUUGGAGAAUUACUGUACAGUAGAACCUCAGAGUUAUGAAACCUCAGGAAGGGAGGUUGUUCGUAACUCUGAAAUGUUCGUAACUCAACAAAACAUUGGCGGUUCUUUCAAAAGUUUCCAUCUGAACACUGACUUAAUACAGCUUUGAAACUUAACUAUGCAGAAGAAAAAUACUGCUUUCCCUUUAUUUUUUUUUAGUUUGUUUAACACAGUACUGUAUUAUAUUUGGGGGGGGGGGGGGAUUGUUUUUGUUUUGGUCUCUGCUGCUACCUGAUAGUGUACUUCCAGUUCCAAAAGAGGGGUGUGGUUGACUGGUCAGUUCGUAACUCUGGUGUUCGUAACUCUGAGGUUCUACUGUUGUUUUAAUGAGACAAGGUGGGUGAGGUAAUAUCUUUUAUUAGACCAACUUCUGUUGGUAAAAGAGACAAGCUUUUGACCUUACACAAAGCUCUUCAUUUUUGCUCCUCCAACUUUUAGAUGGUUAUUAGGCAGAAGAACUUGGAACCUGGUAACAGAAUUUUGAUAUUGGGGCCAUCCAACAUCUAGUGUAAAACGAAACCUGUAAUGUAAAGCACUUACUUUGCACCUCCCAUGACGAUAUAGUCUACUCAUGAUUAACCCAUCUAGUUUAAAACUUCUGCUUUCAAAGCCGCCACUUCUGGUAAUAUGGAAUGAACUAUCUGUGGACACGCUUCCAGUAAAAUGAGUAAUACAAUUGCCUUAAGAUUUUGAAUUCUUACAGGAGAGCAGUGCUUAUGCAAGUUUCAGAGGUUGGGCAACUUAAA